UUGCCCCAUCCCAGUUUCCAAACCAAGGGAUUUGAUUGGUUUCUGCUCUCACUUAUCCGCCAAUGGGCCGCGUGAGCCUUCAAGGAAACAUCCUUGUCAGCCAAUUCCCGGGUUCCCAUUCCCAGGUUCUUCAAACCGAGCUCAUAAAGGUUGCAGAAAGUAGUGCGUUAUUUCACAACAGUGGUCUGCCUUUGUAGUAGAAAGUGAUCUUCCUCAUUCCAAACGGUUCCGCAAUGGCUGAUCUCAAGGCUCAGUUUGAUGCCGCUGCCGCCGAGGUGAAGCAGCUGAAGAGCAAACCAGAAGAUGCAGAGAUGCUGAAGAUCUACGCCCUCUUCAAGCAGGCCUCCAUGGGGGACAACAGCACGGCUUUCCCCGGCAUGUUUGACUUCACUGGAAAAGCCAAGUGGAACGCGUGGGAUGCAGAGAAAGGAAAGAGCCAGGAUGACGCAAUGACUGAAUACAUCGCUAAGGUGGAGGAACUGAAGACCAAGUAUGGAAUCAAAAGUGAAGCAUGAGCACAGAUCGACUGGACUAAUCUAGCUAGGUGAUCUACACUCCUCAAAAUGCCUUAAACCCUGAAGGAGGAGGGCCCUCUGCCAGUCGACUACUGCAUUGCAUCUGAGUGCCAAAAGGACCAACAGAAGUCUUGUAGAGAUUUUGAGGAGGUAGAGAGAAUAACAGAUUAGGCUACAAGACUGAAUCAGUUCUGACAUCAAGUAACUGCAUAUCGUAUCGAAAUGACUUUUGCUUCUUGAUGAAGGACCACCUGUAAUAAUAUAAAGGCAGACUUCUUAACAAAAGUUUCA